AUGAGUCCAUCUACUGUUGAAAAACCGGUACGUAUCGGUUGUUACUCUGCUUUUUGGGGUGAUUCAGCCGAAGCAGCUUUGCAACUGGUGGAGCUUGAAGGAGCCAAUCUUGAUUAUCUGGUGGCCGAUUAUCUGGCAGAAAUUACCAUGGGAAUCUUGGCCGCUCGUCGCAAGCGCCGCUUAAUGAUGGGGGGUGAGCAUAGUAAGAGCGUUGAUUACAUUGCCGAAUUCUUGUACCUGGUUUUGCGUCGUAUUCUUCCCGACGUUGCCAAAAACGGAACCAAAAUCAUCACCAAUGCCGGUGCUUUGGAUCCCCUGGCAUGCAAAGUUGCCAUUGAAGCGUUGUUGCGAGAAAUGCAGAUUACCAAUAUUCAAGUGGCUGCGGUCACCGGCGAUGAUGUACUUGCCGACAAGGAAGUCUCUACACUGGAAUCUUUUCCUGACAUCGUUUCGUUUUCUCCCUUGUCAGCAACCCAGCAUACCUUGGAAGCCGAACGGAUGCCUACACGGGACGAACCCAUUGUGUCCCUGAACGCUUAUUUGGGCGCUCGAGGAAUUGCUGCCGCUUUGGCGUCCGGAGCUCAAAUUGUGGUCACCGGCCGUGUCGUUGAUUCAGCUUUGGUGGUGGGACCUUUGAUGCAUGAAUAUGGUUGGCAGCCCGAUCAACCCAACUAUUACGACUUGCUCGCUUCGGCUUCAUUAGCUGGCCACAUCAUUGAAUGUGGAUGCCACUCCACAGGCGGUAAUUUCACAGAUUGGAAACUGGCGGCGUUUUCUGAGCACGGAGGUUACGCCAAUAUGGGUUAUCCCAUUGUUGAGUUUGCUGCGAAUGGUGAGUUUGUCGUUACCAAACCGGACAAGACGGGGGGCCUGGUAUCCACGGCCACGGUAGCGGAACAGAUUCUCUAUGAGAUUUUGGACCCAGCACUAUACCUCUUGCCUGAUGUCAUUCUCGAUAUGCGUCAAGUCCAGCUGUCCCAAAUUGGACCUCAUCGUGUUCAUGUGGCGGGCGCUCGCGGUUUGCAACCCACACCGUGGUUAAAGUGUUCCGGGAUCUUUUUGGACGGCUGGAAGCUCAGUGGUGAUUUGUUGAUUGGAGGUCAUCAAGCCAAACAAAAGGCUUUAGCCGUGGGAAAUGCGAUACACGACCGAGUACGUAAGAUAUUGAAACAGCGCGGAAUGGCCGAUUUCCGUAAUUUCAAUGUGGAACCAAUGGGCGGCGAAUCACUCUACGGACCCAAUGCGACCCCGCACGAAACGCGUGAAGUGGUAUUAAGACUGACAGGUCACCACGACGAUCCUAAAGCGUUGCGUAUAUUGGCAAUGGAGAUCGUUCCUUCUGUCACAUGUAUGGCGCCAGGUAUCACAGGCGGCAGCGGACGGCCUAAACCUCUGCCGAACUUGGUCCACUUCCCGUGCCUGUUGCCCAAAACGUCCGUCACCACUCACGUCAUUGUCGGCGAAGCUGGUCGGUCCCAAACCGUUGCAUGGGAACCGACGGAUACGAACCACAACUUUGGGUCUCCGGAGCCUGUAGCUCUCAUCCCACAGCCCGUGUCGGUGAACCCAGGAACUCUUGUGAAAACCAAACUAUUGAACCUGGCGUAUGGUCGCAGUGGCGAUAAGGGUGAUGUGUGCAACGUUGGCAUUAUUGCUCGCGAUCCAGCCUAUCUACCUUUUAUCAAACGCUCCUUGACAGAAAGCGUCAUAAAAGCUUACAUGGGCCAUUUGUGUAAGGGGACGGUGAAACGAUACGAAUUGCCUGGGUUGCAUGCCAUGAACUUUGUUCUCACCAAAUCAUUGGGUGGUGGUGGCCUCAGCUCGCUCUUGAUCGAUCGUCAAGGCAAAACAUUUGCCCAGCUUGUGCUCAGUGGGAUUGAUAUCGAAAUACCGGCUGAUCUCGUUCCCAAACACGAUCACGCCAAACUUUGA